UUGCACUACUUUCAGCAGUACUACAAAGAAACGAUUCAAUUCAUUUUCGACUCUCGAAACGAAUGUAAAUCGUUCUGGAAGAAAUGCGUCGAACAUCACGCGUUUUUUCGUUGUUCAGCUGCUGACAAUACUCGAAAGGAUAGCCGAUUAUUCAGCAAGGGAUCAUCCUUCAGGUAUCAUGGACGAACUCAAAAGCAGCUAAUCGAUUACGUUCGAGAGCAUCACAAACGUAGAGAGCCCUUUACAAGGCCUCUGCGAUCAGCUGUUUCACCGCGUUGCGGUCCACCAUUUGCCGUCUAUUCGAUGGUAUCCGAUCGAAAGAAGAACGGCGGUGCUCAUGUCUCCUUACCUCAUCUACCAAAUCAGGCGCACACAGUCGAUAAUGCAGGUACAUUAGAUGCGCGAGGACAUCGUCAUGAAAACGAAUGUGCUGAGCGCCAGAAGCAUCGUGCUCGGCAAAAAAUUCCUGCCAAAGAACCGCCGCCGCUUGACAAAGAGAAUGUAUCGCUAUCGCUACCAAAUGUGCUUAGUGAUGAUUUACAAGUUGUUUGUAGAGAGUUAGAAGUUGAAAAUACUGAUCCACCAAAAUCAUUGUCUGGUGAUAAUUUUAAUACAAUGCGACCAGAUUAUGAUAAUAUUAGUGAAGAUUCGUAUCGAUUAUCCGAUCAUGAACGAUCGACAAAAUCAGAUGUCGGUGUACCAUCACGACAAGCACACAGUACAAAUUUUGCAACAAAACGUGUAGGUAGUAAUGUAGUUGUAAAACGUGUGAUCUCACAAUCUAAAUCAACACCACAUUCAACGGAUGAAGAAGACUCGUCAAGUAACGCUCCUACGACGUCAUCUACCAGUCGACGUCAUCUGAAGGAAUAUCCGUUCAAUUCAACAAAUUUUGUCCCAAUCGAAAUUGAUGGUCCCAAUGUGGACAUCUCUGUUCGAAGGACUACGGGACCAAUUUAUACGUCAACAGGAGCGUUACUGUUAAAGCCGAAAGUGAUUUCUGUUCAUGAAAGCGACUACUCCACUGUAAAAGUUGUUCCUGAUCCUACCACUUCCGGCCCAUCCGGCUCUACUAUCCCACCGCCACCUGCAAAUCCUCCAAAAGUAGAGGUUCAAACGAAAGUCGAAUACGGCGCAAAGCGACCACUACCAGGAAAGAUCAUCACCAAGGAAAAUAUGGUAAUCACCCCCAAUGGCGUCAAGGAACGUGGUCCAAAACCAGCUGUAAUGCCCAAACCUGUGAAAGUCGUACCUCCACAGCACGCCGUUCCUCCCACGACUACACCCGAAGAUCAUCCAGUUGUACAUCUGAUGGAACAGCCUCAAUCGGCAACAUCUUCAAGAGAUGAGCCAGACUUGGAGCCGAAAUCUGAGCCUAUCACGAAAGCUCCUCCUACUCGCCCAAAGCUGAUUUCGGUGAAAAGUGAGGACAGCCCGAACGUGGAGAAAUGCCACUUGUUCAACAGUGAAAUCCCUUAUACCUUGACGCUACGGAAGGUUGACAGUGCGGAAUCUUUGUCAUUCCCCACUUUCAAAGAUCGAAACCGGGAUUUCGACACGAGCUCGCUCAGGAGGCUCUCCAAGAGUCCUGAUCAGUUCAAACGACGAAAAUCGCUUGACUUGGUCCCACGAAAGCGUUUGCCGUCGCCAAGGAACUUUUCCUCACAGGAUCAUUCCAUUUCGCCUACCACUCCCGAGGGAAACGUCCUCGAUUAUGUGUUGAAACAUCGUUCCCAAAGCCAUGAGCGAACAGAGAAAAGAGGAAAACGUGGCGAUGCUCGGCGACAAACCCAACCCGUACGAUUCGACUUACCGCCGAGUCCUUGUUCGCCAACCGUCAGUGGAAGCACACCCUUUAUCAGUUGCCUCAACGAUGACGUCGUCGACGACAGCGUGUCUGAAUCGAGAAGUCUGCACGAUGAAAUGGAAAAGCUUGAAAGUGUACCCAGUGCAAGCUCCAUGGACCAGAAAGACGACUCAGAAGGAAGUGAAUCCUUACCUCCUCCCCCACCAGAAGCUGUAAUUCCACGACCACCUCCCCCACCACCUCCGCCGAAACCGAAAGCUGUCUCGGAUCAAGUAGCUGAGAUGAAGACGUCAGUGAUCAUGACGUCUGUUGUCAAAACGCCAUCUACAGAAACUUCGUCAAGUGCGCAGCCAAAGUCGGAUGAGCAAAAUACGCCUUUUAUCGACGAAUCGCCAAAAGGCUCCGAUGAAAUGUUGCCGGUUUCUCGUCGAACUGAAACGGGAUUACUCUGGACAGACUUCUAG